GACAUCGGAUUUUGAAAUGAGAAAGGAUGAACUUAUUGAGCAAUAUGACAGUGAAAAAAUUUGUAUGGUUAGAUCUGUAAUGGGUGGAUAUGAGGGUAAUGCUGGUUUAUUUGAAAUUAAAA